AGUAAUUCCACCGUUACCAAAAGGGGGGUAAAAUUGGAAAAACGAAACAACGAUUAGCACUUCUCUGACCCUAACGUCUUCGUCCUCGCAGGAUCACUCUCCUGAUUCCUUUCUCGGGCUUACAGACUCCUCAACCCUUCCGACCACCACCGUCACUGGCUCCUCAGUCGCGCCCGCGUCCGCCUCUCUCAUUCUAACUCUCACCGUCCCCCAGCCGGGACGACGAUUGCUGCCAGGCUCUCGAGCAACUGUCCGCGGGCACCUUCUUCCGUCGAAAGGCAAGCCGCUCUCUCUGUUUAGGAAUUCCUGAGAGGGGGGAGACAGAUGAAGAUAGCAGUGGAAGGUUGUAUGCAUGGUGAUCUGGACAUAGUUUACCAGACAAUCCAGCACCUGGAGAAGUUGCAGGAUAUCAAAGUCGACCUUCUCCUCUGCUGUGGCGACUUCCAGGCAAUUAGGAACGAGAGGGAUAUGCAAAGCCUGAAUGUGCCACACAAAUUCAAGGAAAUGAAGUCUUUCUGGAAGUACUACUCCGGCCAGGAGGUUGCUCCCAUUCCCACCAUUUUCAUUGGUGGCAAUCAUGAAGCUUCCAAUUAUAUGUGGGAACUAUAUUAUGGAGGAUGGGCAGCUCCUAAUAUAUUCUUCUUGGGAUGUGCUGGCGUGGUCAAGUUCGGUAACAUUCGUAUCGGUGGGUUGUCUGGGAUUUACAAUGCCAGGCACUAUCGUCAAGGGCAUGAUGAAAGACCGCCCUAUAACCAAGACACAAUAAGAUCUGUGUAUCAUGUUCGUGAAUACGACGUACAUAAGCUCAUGCAAGUUACAGAACCGAUUGACAUCUUCCUUUCACAUGAUUGGCCUCUUGGCAUCACUGAUUGCGGUAACUGGCAGCAACUUGUUCGGUUCAAACCACACUUUGAAGAAGAGAUUCAGGCAGGAACCCUUGGAAACAGAGCUGCUGCUGAACUGCUUGAAAAGUUAAAACCCCCGUAUUGGUUUUCAGCUCACUUGCACUGUAAAUUUGCUGCCCUCGUCGAUCAUGGCAAAGAUGGCCAAAAGACGAAAUUUCUUGCACUCGACAAAUGUCUACCACAGAGAAGGUUCCUACAGAUUCUAGAAAUAGAGUCUGAUUCUGGGCCUUUUGAGAUCCAGUACGAUGAAGAAUGGCUAGCAAUAACCAGGAAGUUUAACUCUAUCUUUCCGUUGACAAAAGCAAAUGCAAACUUCAGGGAUACAACCCCAGAUAUCCAAGAGUGCCGUGAAUUUGUCAGGAGCAAGCUAGAAGCUAGAGGAGCAAAACCUUUUGAAUUUGCACAAACCGCUCCUGCUUUUGAUCCCAAUCAAUCUCGAUCAAUGGGCUCCUCCAGGGGGGAUGAAUGUCUUAGGAACCCCCAAACGGAGUCAUUCUUGCAGCUUUUGGAGCUUCCAUAUCUGCUAGACCAAGGAAAUGCAGUAACAGCAGCGAAUGCUUAUCAUCGUCCUAGUCCGUCGAUCCAGAGAGAUACUGAAGAAAUACCGAUAGAUGACAUUGAUGAAACAGAAGACUAA